AUGCCAAUCGACCUGCAGAAGCCUGCUACACCUAUUCGCCGCCUCGAACUUGGUCCGGAUGAAAAACGGGUUGUCGGAGUCGACGGCGACCGGGAAGUCGUUGCAUCGUUUGAAAGUCCGUUCGAUCUUCCGACAUGGCGGAAAUGGGUCAUUACCACGCUUCUGGCGUUGAUGACCACGGCCGUAACGUUUGCGAGCUCUAUCUGGUCUGCGACUAUCGCCGUAACGUCAAGGGAGUUCAACGUCAGUGAAACAGUUUCCCUCCUGGGGGUGUCGCUUUAUGUGUUGGGAUUUAGUGUCGGUCCCAUUGUCUGGGGCCCAUUAUCAGAAUUCAAGGGACGUCGAUUACCACUCUUUUCCGCCUUCUUCGCGUGGACACUCCUCCAAAUACCCAUCGGAGUGGUCAAAAAUCUCCCUGCACUUCUCGUAUGUCGCCUGUUAGCCGGGUGCUUCGGAGCUUCGCCUCAGGUCCUGGUCGGUGCCACCUACGCUGAUUUUUGGGAGCCAGCGGAGCGGGGCGUCGCCACCGCGGUCUACUCAGUAGCGGUUUACGUAGGGCCUACUCUUGGGCCCAUCUUUGGUGCACUUCUCACCGAAAGCAGUCUCGGUUGGCACUGGACGGGCUGGCUUUCCCUUAUUCUCGGCGUCGUUAUUGGAAUCCCGGCUUUCGUCUUCAUUCCCGAGACAUAUGGCCCAAUCCUCCAACAAAGGGCGAACAGGAAACUCAAUUCGGCACAAGACUCCUCAGGACCGACCGAACAGAACGUCAAGCAAGCUCCAGCCUUUGCAGAAUUUGUACACAAUUACAUGUUUAAGCCGGCAGUCAUGUUCUGCGUGGAGCCGAUGCUCAUGGUCAUGGCGCUAUAUAUUGCCAUCGUCUACGGGAUCCUCUAUCUGACCUUCUUCGCUUUUCCAUACAGCUUCGUCCAAGGCAGAGGUUGGGAUCCCCGGACCGGGACCCUCCCAUUCUUGAGCAUCUUGACAAGCGUGGUCAUAUCUUCGUUCGGGGUGGCGCUGUAUUCGAAACGAUAUUAUCGCCCCAGGCUACGCGCUCGCGGUUCAGUCUUACCCGAGGACCGCUUACCCUUGGUCAUGCUCGGUAGCAUCAUUUUGCCCAUCGGGCUCUUUUUCUUCGCCUGGACUUCAUCAAGCAAGAUCUCCCCGGUCCCGCAAAUCGUCGCGGGAUUCUUCAUCGGAAGUGGCAUCAUGCUCAUUUUCACCAACGCUGUGGCGUUUCUGGUGGACAUCUAUCUUCAGUCCGCUGCCAGUGCGAUGGCGGCAAGCACGAUCGUCAGGAGUCUGGUGGCAGCGGGCUUCCCAUUGGCUGCACCACGCAUGUAUAAAUCUUUGGGCACAGCAUGGGCUACCAGUGUCCUCGGCUUUCUGUGCGUGUUGGCCAUCCCAGCUCCGUUUCUCUUCUACAAAUAUGGGCGGAAGUUGCGACAAAUGUCACGGUUUGCGCCGAUGCCAGGCUAG